CAAAUUGAUCCCAAAAAUCACAUCAAUUUAUCAUUAAAUGGCAUUAAUAUUGUCUCAAAUGAAGACUUAUUUACUGAGAUUUUCAUAUAUUUUUUAUAUAAUAUUUUCGCUAAUAAUUAAUGCAUUAAUUAGUGAUUCAAAACAAAUCAAAUGCAAAUCAAAGACAGACUGUCUAUUAGUGUUUAUAUUAGCCAUCAUUUGCUUAAAUCAUCACAUCUUAGGCGUCACUUGUGAUCACCAAAACAAUGACAACAAGAUGUUUACCAAUGAGUUUGCUGUGUCUCUCAAACCAGACAAAUGUGAUGACAUUAAUGCACAGACAGUCGCCAAUCGAUAUGGAUAUACAUUAGUUGGACAGAUUGGAUCAAUUGAUUGCCACUAUUUAUUACGAUUGAAUCACAUCUCCAAGAGAUCGACACAAUAUUCACAUAAAGAUCAUUCACAGCUUGAGAAGGACUCGGAUGUCCUAUGGAUACAACAGCAACAUAUCAAACGUCGUGUUAAAAGAGAUUUUAUGUAUUUCGAUGCGAAGACUGCGGCCGAUAACCCACUGCCGGAUCCAUUCAUUGUCAGCACAACAACACAUAGCAAUUCAUUAGAUAACGAAACAAUUAGAAACUCAAAAGAUGUAGAAAUACUGAAGACAAGACAUAAACGAGAUUUUGUCCGUUUGUCUGCAAAUACUCGUACCUCUAAUGUCAAUAUAAAGCGCAUGCAAUUUGAUGACCCGCGAUGGCCACAAAUGUGGUAUUUAAAUAGGGGUCAGGGCCUCGACAUGAAUGUCCAAAUGGCAUGGAAUAAGAAUAUCACUGGCAGAGGGGCCGUCGUUACAAUUCUCGAUGAUGGUCUAGAAAAAGAUCAUCCGGAUCUUAUUUCAAAUUAUGAUCCAUUGGCCAGUUUUGAUGUCAAUAAUCACGAUGAAGAUCCGAUGCCUCGAUAUGAUAUGAUAGAUUCAAACAGACACGGGACUCGAUGUGCUGGAGAAGUGGCCGCUAACGCUAAUAACAAUAUAUGCGCUGUUGGUAUUGCCUAUAAUGCCAAAGUUGGAGGCGUUCGUAUGCUUGAUGGGGAUGUGACUGAUGCCGUAGAGGCACGAUCUCUUAGUUUGAAUCCACAACACAUUGACAUAUAUAGCGCCUCGUGGGGUCCCGAUGAUGAUGGCAAGACAGUGGAUGGACCGGGAGAGUUGGCCACUCGCGCAUUCAUGGAUGGUGUCAAUAAAGGGAGAAAAGGACUUGGAUCUAUUUUUGUAUGGGCUUCGGGAAAUGGUGGUCGGGAACACGAUAAUUGCAAUUGUGAUGGAUAUACCAAUUCAAUUUGGACUCUUUCCAUAUCAAGUGCCACUGAAAAUGGAUUGGUGCCCUGGUAUAGUGAGGCCUGUUCCUCAACAUUGGCCACAACAUAUAGUAGCGGUUCAUUUGGCGAACGACAGAUUGUUACCACUGAUCUACAUCACGGUUGCACUUCCAGCCAUACGGGCACUUCGGCAUCGGCACCACUCGCUGCUGGUAUCUGUGCUCUUGUUCUGGAGGCCAAUCCCAAGUUGACAUGGAGGGAUAUGCAGCACAUAGUGGUACAAACGGCCAAACCAGCCAACCUUCACGCCAGAGACUGGAAGAUCAAUGGUGUCGGCAGAAAUGUUAGCCAUUCAUUCGGUUACGGACUACUUGAUGCCAACGCAAUGGUUGAUUUGGCCAAACAAUGGGUUACCGUUCCCUCACAAAAGUUAUGUGAAGUUAGAAGUCAACCAAUUGAUAAACUGGUUCCCGCAAAGUCUUACAUUGAGAUGUCCUUAAAGGUUUCGUGUGAAAAUGUCAAGUAUUUAGAGCACACUCAGGCAAAAGUUACACUGACUGCCACAAGAAGAGGAGAUAUUCAUGUCUAUCUGACCUCUCCGGCCGGCACCCGAUCAACUCUAUUAGCCCAGAGACCAAUGGACAACUCGAGAUCUGGUUUUCAGAACUGGCCAUUUAUGAGCGUCCAUUCGUGGGGAGAGAAUCCAAACGGAGAGUGGAGACUAGAGAUACACAAUGAGGGCAGAUAUUACAUAUCUAAUGGCCUGCAAAGCAUUUUUGGUCGAGCUUUUCUUAAAGAAUGGACUCUUGUUUUAUACGGAACGUCAGUCAGUCCCGAUAGAAGACAAGUCAAGAACAAAGAGUGGUCGGGUUUGCGUUCAAAAACCUAUACACCAACAGUGCCUUUAUCUACACCAUCGCCUGUCCAAGACUUUGCCAAUAAAGUAAUCGUUUCAGAGAAGAGUAGUCCUACCAAAGAACCGGAGCUUAUUCUAAAAGAGCCAAAUAGUAAUCAUAUCGAUGAUGAAGACAACUCUGAAAAUAUUAUUUUAUCCGACAGUCAGACAAAAAACAUUUAUAAUCGCAAAGAAGGUUGGUCUAUUUUAGUUCACGGCACGCGUCACAGCAAAAACAAUGAUAUGAUUCCCGAGGGAACGGUCGCCAGUGGUUGUGCUCAGUUUGAUCCCGUAAUGACACGAUGUAUAGACUGCAUGCCCGGCCUAUUGCUUUAUAAUGGUCAGUGUCUAGAGUCGUGUCCCGACGGAUACUUUUUGGUGGCGAAAAGCGAAUCACUUGAACACCGGUCAUCCAAUACUUCAUCAACAGUUUCCUGUAAUAGUUGUCAUUAUUCUUGUCGACGUUGUUUUGGUCCCAAUGAUAACGAGUGCGUUCAAUGCUAUUUUGACGCAACACUUCACCGAAAUGGUCAUUGUUUUGCCAAAGAGUUAGUCCAGGAAGUGGUGGCACUGGAAAAGUGGUACACAGGAGUGGCCGUUGUUUUUCUCUGUCUAUGUUUUGUAAUAUUAGUAUUAGUUAUUUAUAUAAUUACCGAUCGAAACGGCAAUAUAUUGUGUUGUUGGCUGUCCAACGGUCGUCGGGUACCCGUCUAUGACGGACUACCGCUAAACACUCAUUCAGUGGUCGUCAGCACCGAUGCGUUCAAAAAUAAACGAAAUAAAUAUCAGAUCGAAGACGUCAGUGAAGAAGACUUAUAGUAUUAAUCGUUACUUUUUUACGAA